AUGAAGAUUACAUUACAAUUAGCUAUUACUCCAUUUUUAAUUAUUGAAGCAGUUCGUGCAUUCCACAAAGCAGAGAAUAAUGCUUCUAGUAAUGAAAUUGCAUACAAUAAUUUGCUAAGCACUGCAAAAGCUGCAGCAGAGAAACCUAGCAAGCACCAGCCUAAGAAGCACCACACAGAGAAAGUAAAAGGUGGCAAAAUAGUUAAAGCUAACAAAUGGGGCAAACUCCCAUCAAAUAUCCUUAAGAAGGUCAAAGGAAAGAAACCUGUAAAAAUGACAGUUGAACCAAUGAGCAUAGAAGAUAGUUUCUCGCCCAGCUUAAAACAAGCCACCACCAUAAGUAAUCUGCUUAACCCCAAGGCCGCUAUGACAUCUAAUACAUCUCUACUUGCUGAGUUAAUAGAAAGGUCUGCAGGAGCCAAUUCUCUUACUAAACCAGAGAAUUACACUCAAGAAUUUGAAGAGGAAGAGGAAGCAGCAGCACUUGAUCAAGACCCAGCAAUCUUAUUCAACACAGAAGCAUUUGGUAAGAGCAUCAAAGCAGAGAAAAAGAAAGCAUUAAAAACAGCCCCCACACCAGAACCAGUCUCUACUAUUCACCUUAAAGAUAAAUCCGCAGACAAACCCCAUCCUAAGAAACAUCUACCAAAAUCAGAGAAUACCACUAAAUUAGAAGUAGCAGAAAAAUCUGGCGAGAAAGAGAAUUUAUCUCUAAUAAACAAUAAUUUAGAGAAGAUGGAAGUCACAAUGCAAUCAUUCAUUAAAGAAAUCAAAGCAUUAAAGGAAACCAUCUCUGACUCCAAUGAAUCAAGCAUUAUUAGCGCAGAGGCAUCCCCACACAAGGCAUACAAACUGAGUGGGAAUAAAAAACACGCAGACUCAAAAAAGAAGAAAAAGGGAGUAAGCAAAUCUUCUGAAACAGAUUUCUAAG